AUGAGCUUACAGAAGGACAAUGGGAAGAACACAGGUGACAUCAAGGGUCAGAUCCCAGCUAAAGAAAAGUCCUGCCCUGCGCCACUGCUAGCCUUUGCCCUGUAUGGUGGCAUUAGUCCCCAUUUCCUGAUGGGCACAUGGCUCAACUCCUACUUGGUUAAAGCUCUAUUGAUCCAGGGAACCUGGGUGGGCUUCCCCCCCCCCACAUGCUGCUGGACUAUAAGUCCCAUCAGCUACAGCCAGCACCCAGGGGCAAUGGGAUCUGUAGUCCAGCAACAUCUGGAGGCUCCUGCUCUGCCAGCCCCACACUCCUGCCCUAGAGGGAUCCCACUUCUUGCCCCUUAAAGCUCCACACUCACUUUCUGAAAACUGAAAACAACCCCAAGCAUGCCUCCCGCCACAUCACACACUCUCUUCCCCUUUAAGCGCCCCCACCUCAGUUUUAAUGGCAGGCCCCUUCCUACAACUCCCACCCCCAAAUCCCCCUGGAGCUCCACCCACAAUCCUCUGGCCCCGCCCACACCUGUCCCCCGCCUCGCACCUGCCACAGGCCCCGCCCACACUGCGCUCCCCUCUCCCAAAAGACGUUGAGGUAAAUCCUAAUUCUCUCACACACACCUCCCCCCCCCCGCGGGCCCGGUUCUUUCCCGCCGUUUUAAACGCCUUCGCGCCCCUUCCGUCCCGCGCUCGCCCACCUCUAGGCCGCGCCGCCCGCCCUCAAAAAUAGCACACACAAAAAAAAUACAAAACCCAAACCAACCAACGCUUGGUUUUCCAUUGGGUUAGGCCAACGCAACUCCUGGCAACCACCUUGGCAGGGAGAGCGGGGAGGCCGCCGCCGCCAUUUUGCUUGAGGGCAAGAGCGCGCCGGGCGGGGAAAGAGAAAACGCGCGUGCGCGAGCCGCCGAACGAGGGGCGGGCGGGCGGGCGGAAGCGCGGUGAGAAGAACACGCACGCGCCGAGCGGCCGACCAAUCAGCGCGCGCACAUGCUCUACCGCGCGCUCUCGCUCCUCCCGGAAGUAUAAGAGGAUUCGGAAGCUGCCGAGCAGGGAGGGGGUUGCCAUAGAGACGAAGGUGAGACUCCGGUAAUGAGGGCGGGGGCUGUAGGCCCCGAGGGUCUUCAAUACGGGGAGCCCGCUGAGGGGCCAAAACGGCGACCACCCGGACCUUCCCCACCAAGGGCAGGACCAGCCCAGCGCCGGUGGGGGAGACUGUGGGUAGAGCUCCAGGGCUGGCUGGGCUGCUCCUCUUGGUCCUCGGCCUCACUGCCUGAUAGGAAUCGGAGGCUGACCGGGCAAUGUCCCCGCUGCCCACCCACCCCCUAUCCGUCCCCACAGUGAGCGUUGAGGGGAGCAGGGCGCGUUUAACUUCCCUACUUUCGAAUUCCAAAAGUGAGGGGUGCUAAACGGAUGUAACAUGACUUGGGAAUUCAAAAGAGAUUUUGGUUAAAGUGAUACAAUUUAGUUUUGCUGGGUAAGUAAAAAGUGUGUAAAAUUGCAUAGAAAUCAUUCAAAAUGAUUGCCAAGCACUUAUGUUGUUAUUGUUGUUUAGCACUGCCUAACAUUUUCAGAAGGGAAAAUUAAAAUUAAUGUUUUCUGAAAGCAGUUUAUGUGCUUCUUCAUCAAACAUAGACUUACCAAGAUCAAUGUGGUCCAGUCACAAAAAUAAUAGCUGGUUCAAAUGCCUCACACCCAAAAGCAUCUUUUUAACACUCCCCCACUGAAGAAAUCUGCAAAAAAUCAAGUUUCACUGCUGCCAGAGUGUAUCAGGUGGCUCGUGCCAGCGAGCCCAGCUUCACUAGGGCAGUGGAGGUGGAGGGGACUUUCUCAAGCCUGCCAACCUACCUCUGCCCUGGCAGCAACCCAAAGAUGUGGGCUGGAUUCCCCCCACUGCCUUGUACCCCCCCCCAUUUUUUUCAUAUGUUUGUUCGUAAUGGUGAAUGGGUGCCAAUUGCAAGUAAAUAUUAGGUAAGCCUUGGCUGAUUCAAAUGUUUACUAAAUACAAGAAAAAUAAACAUUCACAGAUCACUCUACAGGGCAUCAGAAAAUUUUCUGGGGCAAACAGUUUUUUUCUACACACACACACACACACACACACACACACAUUAACCUGUGCAAUUAACCCUAAGUUGCAUAGGAAAUUUUCUGGGAAGCCAACAUUGCUGGCAACACUCCUGGCAAGAGCCACACCUCUCUUUUUGGUGCUCCAAAAGGAAGUCAUGGGUGGGGGACACACCUUUCCUGACCCCACUAAAUGCCUCCACAAGCAAUUGGACCUGGUGAUGGGUGGGAUCUCUGUAUCCAUGUCAGGUGUGCAUGAUGGAUUCCUCACUUUCCUUGCAGAUGACGGUGCAUAAUUUGUACAUAUUCGACCGCAAUGGAAUCUGCCUGCACUACAGUGAGUGGAACCGGAAGAAGCAAGCUGGCAUUUCUAAAGACGAGGUGAGACUUGAGGCUUGAGAUAUGCAGAGCAGGAGGCCAAGGCUUAAGCCUGCUAAGGACAUAGUGUUAUAAGAAUUUUAAGGUCUCAAAUACAGAGUAAAUAUUCAUAAAUGCACACAUAUCUAAAUAUACGAUAUGUCUGAAAUAGUAUCGGAGAGCAAUCCUGAAGCCAUUUUGACUCUCCCAAUGACCUCAAAUAUUCCUCUGCAGUAAGGGAGGCAAAUGGGGAAAGUCUUUUUGCUUGCAAAUCCUGACUUAAGGGUGCAUUUGUGUAUGAAUAGGGUGAUCCAGCGACCUGGAUCCAGGAACUAAAGUAUUAACCAUUACAAAAGAAUAACCAGUCUUCCACUGCAGUCAAUGACCAUUAUCAGGUAUCCUGGCAGGCAGGAUUUCUGCUGUAGACCGCCUCCUCCUGUGAUGUAUGCAUGAUGUUUUGGGUGGUCUUGGGCUACAGGGUGGGCAAUUUCAACAGUCUAUACAAGGGCUUGCGCACCAUUGUUCAGGGUUCUCCUCCCUCCUGCAUGUGGUGAGUGGGGACCCUGUUGCAACAGUUCCUUGAAUAAAGAUCAGGCUUACUAGCUGCUUUGCUUCUCAAUAUACUCUGGUUGGCCUCUGCUAUUUUCUCCUACCAAUAGGGAACCCACUUAAGGACUCUAUAUGGGCUCCGUAAUACCCCAUAAGGGAAAGGGAGCAUUUUUUUACUUUUAUGUCGGAGCCAGCCGUUAUAAGUGGCGGAGUUUAGCAUAAAAUAAAAACACAGAGAGCCAGCAAUAUUUUCAUGAUGGUAGGAGCAGCUCCUUUUCGAACUUUCCUCUCCUCCUGCAGCCUCUUUUAUUAUCCUUUGUCUCUCUCCAGCCGCAUGGCUGUUUUUCAAUGUCUCACGUUACCUCAUCCGGUCAAGGCUUUUAUUGCCCCCAACACCAUAUAGGGUCCAUCACUGCCCAGAGGAAACACAACUGCAUUUAAGUCAAUACAUUCCAAUACAUUGUAAAGCUCAGAGUGCUGGUCAGCCGAGGUCAGGGGGCACCCUGCAAUAUUACAAGCCUUUGCCGUGGCUUUAUGACUCCCACACUUAUAACUAUAGGAAGAGCCCUGCUGGAUCAGGCCAGUUACCUAUCCUGUUCUCACAAUGGCCAAUCAGAUGUUUCAGUGGGAAACUCACAAACAGGAUCCAAGCACAAGAGCCCUUUCCCCUCCUGCUGCUUCCAGCAAAUGGUAUUCAGAAGCAUUGCUGCCUCUGACCAUGGAGGCAGACAAUAGGCAUCAUGGCUAGAGUCAGUUGAUAGCUCUUCUCCUCCAAGAGUUUGUCUAAUCCUCUUUUUAAACCAUCUGUUGGUUGGUGGCCAUCACUGCCUCCUGUGGGAGUGAGUUCCAUAGUUUAACUAUGCACUGCACCAGUCUCUUACUGGGAUCUUUAAAGCCCUAAACGGCCUCGGUCCUGUAUGCCUGAAGGAGCGUCUCCACCCCCAUCGUUCAGCCUGGACACCGAGAUCCAGCGCCAAGGGCCUUCUGGCGGUUCCCUCAUUGCGAGAAGUGACAAUACACAUUCAGCAGAGGAGAAGGGGAAAUGUGAGGAUGUUUUCCUUUUAUGCAACUUUGCAAACCUGUUCUAAGAUACAUUUAGCACCAUGAGCGUGGCAGGGACCCUGAAGUGUGUAGUAGGAAACCCCCCCCCCCCAAUCAUUCAAUUUGUACAAACUUCACACACACUCACACUCACACACUACAUACGCUACGCUUCUGUUAUAAAUUCAUAGAAAAUCAACCAUACAUCGGAUUUGCAUUGUUCCACUUUUAUUUUACUCCAUGAAGGAAGGACUACAAAAUGGGGAAGGUUUGAUACAGGGCAGCCAUAAUCCCUUCAGCAUACCAGCACAUCCACAGGAGCCCUGCCCACUUGCUAUGCCAACCCUGAUGGUCCUAGACAGAAGACCAUCAAGAUCACAAAGAACUUGCAUAUGGGAGUGGAUUCAGCACGGACUGGAACAAAGGACAAUAAUCAGCUCUUUCCUCCGGGGGCAGGAAACUGCAAACUCCCCUCUGUCACCUGGAAAGUAAUCAUGGGGAGGGGGAAAGGGGGAACCAGCCAGGCGACAGGACACUCAGGUUACCACCACAACUCCUCCCUCAACCCCUCCUUUCUGUGAUGUAUGUAUGAUGUUUCUGGGGGUGGUCUUGAUCUAUAGGAUGGGAAUUUCAAAAGUCUUCUUAAGACCUUGCACACCAUUUUUUCUGUGUCCUUCCUCUCUCCUGCAAGUGAGGGGAGCACCCUGUUGCAACAGAUCAGUAAAGGCCAAGCCUACAGGCUGCUGUUUUGCUCCAAGUUAUCCUGGUUGGUGUCUUUGUUUUUGUCCAAGGGAGCCCUCAGAUUUUUCCGUUAACAAGUGUAAAGUGUAAGUCUUCCGUGGAAGGGGAUUGUGCAGCAACAUCACACUUCCACCUCCUGUACUAAUCCGUGAUGCAAAACACAAGCUCUCUCUGGGGAAACAUGAAAUUGUGGUGGUGUUUACGUGCGUGGGGCAGGGAGAGGGAAGGGUGUGAGUAAAAAGAAAAGUUCAAAAGCUUCCUAGCUUGAAUGAUACUAUGAGUUUAGCAGCCUUUAGCAGCAGCCGCUUUCUAAUUUGGGGAAUUCCGGUGUUGAAGCUUCCAGGGGAACAGCAAGCUCCAUUUGGGGAAGUUCUGCUGGUUAUGUGACUUUGGGUGAUUCACAUCAGAUAAGAGGUUUUGUUUCUUGAAGAGGCGCUCAAGAGGCCAGAGGGUUACAUACAGUAGCCAACCAUUAGAAAUUCCUCCUAGUAAAGUUGGGUUUUGUGAAGCAGUCAUCUCUACAGUAUAUUCUUAGAUUCAGCUUCAGAAGGAAUAUUUUGUAUUUUGGGUUUUUUUAGUGAGUUAUUUUUGGCUAUGAUGCAAGUAUGCUUUGCACAUGUUAUGGGUUAACUUUCCUAGGCACUUCUGUUGCUGUAACAUAUCGUACCCUAAUGUCUAUCAGUUGCAUUGAUUACCGCAUUUUUCGCUCUAUAGGGCGCACCGGACCAUAGGGCGCACCUAGUUUUUUUGGGGGGAAAUAAAGAAAAAAAUCCCCCAACCCCAGCCUCCAGAACGGGUCCGGGAGCGGGGGCGAGGUUGCGCGCAACCUCGUCUUCGCUUCCGGAGCUUGCUGCUAUCUGCAAGCCUUCUGAGCCCAGCGGGAACUCCUGCCAGGCUCCGAAGGCUUGCGGAUAUCUGCCCGAAGCCUGGGGCAUGCAGUGCUGCGCUCCCCGGAGUUCGGGCUGCAGGCUGCUAUCCGCAAGCCUUGGGAGCCCAGCGGGAACUCCCGCCGUGCUCCAAAGGCUUGCGGAUAGCUUCCUGAAGCCUGGAGAGCGAGAGGGGUCGGUGCGCACUGACCCCUCUCGCUCUCCAGGCUUCAGCGAAAGCCUGCAUUCGCUCCAUAGGACGCACACACAUUUCCCCUUCAUUUUUGGAGGGGGGAAAGUGCGUCCUAUAGAGCGAAAAAUACGGUAUCUCUUAAGGGUCCCAUUGGCUUUGUCUGUGGUUUCUGUGCCAUGAAUGUCCUUGUACGGUUAGCCACAGGGGCUGGUGCCAGAGCAGAGCAAAUGAGCAUGACGGAGUUCUUCAUCCUUGCCAUGGAAUCUCACCCCAUUCUGCCUGUGAACACAUUCAUUUUCUCUCUCUCUCUCUCUCUCUCUCUCUCUUUCUCUCCCUCCCUGCAGGAGUUCAAGCUGAUGUAUGGCAUGCUCUUCUCCAUCCGCUCCUUCAUUAGCAAGAUGAGCCCUGUGGACAUGUAUCCUUUCUGCUUAAACAGCAGCCUCAAAAGUAUCACUCUUGCGGUUUUUUGACAGAGGGAGCCUGACUGAAGCUUUUUCAUUCACACGGAGGAGGGGAAAGCAGCAAUAUCUACUUAAGGAGUAAAACUUGUUUGGGAGGGAGGGGGCUUAGCCAGCUGCCUUUGCCUGACGUCUCCUUCCUCCAGUUCUCCUUAAUUCCUUGCACCCCAGGAAAGACGGCUUCCUCUCCUUCCAGACCAGCAAGUACAAGCUGCACUACUAUGAGACGCCCACGGGACUCAAGGUGGUGAUGAACACAGACUUAGGGGUGGGCAACAUCCGAGAUGUCCUGCAUCAGAUCUACAGCUAUGUGAGUCGGAAGUGGGGGGGUGCCGCCUCCUCCCCUGCUCCCCAUCCCAUGAUAAUCCCUAGGAUGGCUCUCCUGUGUACAGAUGCCCUCCAAGCGACUCUGCAGUGAAGGAAGAGGAGUAUUCACAUGGCACCCGCUGCCACCGCCGCUCAUUUGCUAAAUGGUUCUGCGUAAACACCAAAGCUAUGUUCGCAUAAGCAAAGGCAUCAUAAUAAUAAUAAUAAUAAUAAUAAUAAUAAAUUUAUUAUUUAUACCCCGCCCAUCUGGCUAGGUCCCCCCAGCCACUCUGGGUGGCUUCCAACAAAACACUAAAAUACAGUAACCUAUUAAACAUUAAAAGCUUCUCUAAACAGGGCUGCCUUUAGAUGUCUUCUAAAAGUUUGGUAGUUAUUUUUCUCUUUGACAUCUGGUGGGAGGGCGUUCCACACGGCGGGCGCCACUACCAAGAAGGCCCACUGCCCGGUUCCCUGUAACUUGGCUUCUCGCAGCGAGGGAACCGCCAGAAGGUCCUUGGUGCUGGACCUCAGUGUCCGGGCUGGACAAUGGAGGUGGAGACACUCCUUCAGGUAUACUGAACCGAGGCCGUAGCAGGCGCAGGUCCUAGAGGGGUUAUUCCCCCAGCCACCUCCAAUCUGGCGCCUUCCAGAUGUUGUCCUGCAAUGCCCACCCUCACUUUCACUGACCCUCGGUUGCGCUGGUUGGGGUUGAUGGAGGCUGGGAGUCCAGCAACAGCUGGAGGCCACCGGGAGGGUGUGUCCUACAGCAGCCGUCCUCAACCUUGGGUCUCUAGAUGCUGUUGGACUACAACUCCCAUCAUUCAGCAUGGCCAGGUAUGAUGGGACUUCUAGUCCAAGAAUGUCUGAGGACCCAGGCUGGGAAAGCUGAUUAUUGUGUACGGUGGGGUUAUUAGCGGGGAGAGGGAUAUGCCUCUGGUUUCUAAAGAGGGUCUGAUUUGGCCCUCACCAGCCUGUUGCCUUCCUGAUAUUUGGGGCUGCAACUCCCACCCCCACCCCCCAGUUCAAACUGCCUGGAGGGCGCCAGGCUGGGGAAGGGUGAGCUAAGGUUUUGUUGUUUUCAGGCCCUUGCUUAAUAGCACUAGAAGUUAACCAUGGGUAAUUUCUGUUAACUAUGGGCAUGUUAUCAGAAUGGCGGGGGGGCGGGGAGUGGUUUAUGUACAGUCAUACCUUGGAUCUCAAACACCUUGGCUCCCAAACAAUCAAAACCCGGAAGUGAGUGUUCCGGUUUUUUAACGUUCUUUUGGAAGCCGAUGUCCGCCAGGGCUUCCGCAGCUUCCGAUUGGCUGAAGGAGCUUCCUGCAGCCAAUCAGAAGCCACGCUUUGGUUUCUGAACAUUUUGGAAUUCGAACGGACUUCUGGAACGGAUUCUGUUCGACUUCCAAGAUAUGACUGUAUAGUGAUUAUGAAUGCAGUAUUCAAAAUUUAUUAUUUUUCCCCAGUACUGAUUUUUUUCUGUUGGUGUACUUUCUAUAUUUUAUGGGUAAAUUGAGUAAAAAAUGAGAGAGAGAGAGGUAGCAGCAGGUGAAAUAGAUCAACUGGUCAGGCCAAAGCUCUGUAUAUUUUUUGUUAAACAGCAGUUACCUGAUUUUGAGAGACCACCAAAUUAGGGUUUAGGGGUGCAGCCUUUCAGAAGGGAGCCCGGGCUCCUGCUUCCUCUGGGCCUUUCAUUCAUCUCCUCCAGUGCAUUUGCCCCCUUCCUCGUCCAGCAGUUGCUUUGACUCAGUGGUUGCCACCAUGCCAAAGCGGACAGGAGUCCUUUAUUUCCCACUUCUGUGUUGGCAGCAGGGAGAGCGGUGCUCUUAGGGUAUCUACUGCUGUCCUGAGAGAAGUGCGAAUGAUCCCAAAAUAAGAACGAAACAUCAGUCACUGGGGUUAGUCAAAAUAGAAAUCUUUUUUGGAGCGGCAGGUCUCCCAAUGUUUGGUUUUCAUUUCCCUGAAGCUGUUUCAGUUGGGGUCCAGAGGGGAGGAGGGGUAUUCUCAUCUCACUGACCUCGUGAUUCUCCUUUCAACCAGCUUCUUCCCUCUCCUCCCUAGAUCUACGUGGAGUAUGUGGUCAAAAACCCUCUGUGCAGCUUGAACGAGAACAUCCAGAGCGAGCUCUUUCGGAGCAAGCUGGACAGCUUCAUCCGUGGGCUGCCCUUCUUCUCAGCUCGGGCAGGUUAAGUGGUGCGGGUGGGUGUUUGCCUUUCCCCGUUCCAUUGCUGUAAAUACUACAGUUCCCACGAUGCACAUGGAGUAGUGUCUGGCAGCGAGCUUGGCACUUUCUCUGCUGGGUGUGCCAUCAUCAAAACAACGGUCAUUCCCUGCACUUCAGCCAUAACGGACUUGUGGCCCAAACCAGAGCUCUGAGCUUGGAUACCUUUUGGACAGCAGCUUUCUCCGCAGUGCUUUCCUCCGUUCCCUCCACCGCCCCUUGACCCACGGCUCCAUCUUUUCUCCCAUUGCGUAUUCCCCUUUGGUUGGGACCCCAAGAGCCCCUCUUCCUUCCCCUCCUGACCGUGACACACAGUCCUUUGCCAGCCCAGGCCUCUUCCUUUCUAUUUAUAGAGCUUUGCCUCAUCCCUUUCUUCCCCCUCCGCCCCCCAAGCUCCUAUUUAUAGCCAGUCUCUUCUCCUGCUUUUCCAGUCCAGCGCUCUCCCAGCCUGGGCAUGACAUCAAGUGCCCCGGGGCUAGGGGGGUGCUGCUUGGACGCAGCGGAAGAUGCAGCGGCACGUCCUUCCCAAACACAUCUCGCGAAAAGACGGGCCAGCAAUCCAACUUCACGUUUCCGCCACCAGGAAAGGUCGACGAGCAACACAGGUCGAGAAGAGAGCUGUACUGUAUUCUUUUUUUUUUGCUGGGUCCACCUUUGGUGAAUUAAACAAAAUGCCACCUUUAAGAUCAGAAGUUGCUUUGAUCACCCUCAGCCUUCUCUAGGACUCUCUGGGAUUUGCUGGUUAACUCGGUUGCCAUUGCCCCCCAGACUGUGUUAUGUUUGCAAUGGCUCCCUCCACAAAAACCCCUAUGUCAAGAUGAGAGUCUCAGCUUCUUCGUCGCCCUGCAAACGAGAUGCCGAAGGCCAGCGAGGCAGCAGCUCUUCUUCAAAUUGGACUAACCGGCUCGUUAAAUCGUUGGCCUCAAGUUCUUGCGUCACACGGGGCUUUUUACCUCCUCGGGCUUCGAUGUUCAGAGAAGGGAAACAAAGCGAAAGCAUCGGCAGAUACACCUCCAGGCCAGAAAUUAAGUGCCUGGGUUAACCACCGUCUUGCUUCACCCCCCUUGAAAGGCCACGGCCAGUUGCGCCCAUCCCUUAUUCGCUCUUGUUCAUUCUGAGCGUUUUAAGCUCUGGGAGUUCUGUGUGUGAUUCAAGCUUGUUUCCCGCUUCUUUAAACGCGAGCUGAUUUAAAAAAUUAUGUCUCUUG